AUGUUACCUGGGAAACUGUUGCCAGGUCAACAGCAAGGUAUGAACAUGCGAAGUUUCAACGAUGUUCAUUCUAGCACAAAACAUUGAGCUUGUGGACCGCUGAUUCAAGUGGCAAUUCACUUGGAAGAAGGCAGAGUUCAAAGAAGGGUUAAAAAUCAAGCUUCAGUUUAUUUCCUCGCGGCGAGAAAAAUAAAAGCUGUUGUAGUGCAGCCGUUGUAAGAGGUUCAACUGUAAUUAUGAAAUUACUUGCUUUCUACAAUGAGUAUGAAUUUUGGACAUUCCUUUAAGUAAGGAUUUGCGUAAAAAUGGAAUUUAAGUUUCUGCAAUAACUUUGAAAUAUAAUAUAUAAAAAAAAGGAAAAGGAGUAUCUCUAUCAUUAUCGUCAUCGAACUUUGCGCCAGGAGGCGCAUAAUUAAGGUUAAGUAUUUCAAUACUUGAGAAUAUAUAGAUUUAGCCAGGGCUAAAAGCGAAGCUCUUGAUAAUAUUUAUAGUUUGUUCAAACAAAAAAUAAAAUAUUGUGUAGUAGUGCUAAGCGGCGAAGGCCGGAGCCGGAGAACGGUGAAAAACAACAAUAGCUCUAAUUAGCAAAAAUGCAACUUUGCACGUGCAGCACACUUUGUUUGUACAUUUCUUUGCCGUUUUUUUGCACGACUACAACGUGAAACUUCCAGAAACUUCUUAGCUACACGCUUUAUGGAGGAAAUGUCGUACGUGUUCUCGUUCACUUUUUCCACUGCCGCUCAUUUUCACCUUGCAUUAUUGGGGGCCGCUAGAAUUUCUCAUUCUGUCACUGGCGCUACAAUUUUUUUUUAAAUCUCCGUCGCCCUUUUUCUCGCUGGCCUGCUGCGCACUUUCUCUUUUUCUCUGUCUUCUCUCUUGCUCUCUUGCUUUCUCUCUUGCGGUCGGUCGGAGUACGGUAACGUGGGUACCAAAUUUUCUCGGAUGGGUAGAUAACUUCAUUUUCUUACCCAUGGUGCUCCGCUGGCGCCCUUCGCGCGCGAGAGCUCCGCUAUAUAACACCCAAACGUUUUAGGGUCCUGAAAAUUAACAGAGCUUAAAGGGGAGUACCUGUUUUAAGCCUCGGGUUAUGAAACCUUAAUAUUAUGCAAUCAAACAAAACACAAACAAACAGUUGACACUGCGCCAACACCAAGCACCAACAAACAAAACUCAUUUAUACCUUUGUUUUAGGAAUGUGUGGUGGUCCUCUCACUGGUCCAUCCGGGAAUUUGGCAUCUCCUUAUUAUCCUGACAACUACCCUAACAACGCCUAUUGUGUCUGGACAAUUACUGUACCUCAAGGAUCACAACUCAGAAUUGAUUUUCUUUUCUUCGAAACUGAAUCUUGGUAUGUUUCGAAUUCCGCAAUUAUAUUCUUGAUUAUGUCAUAACAUCAACAUAACCUUUGCCAAAUGAAUUCAAGCUUGGUUGGAAAUUUGCCAUUACGGUUUUUUUAAUCUUUUCAAUAAUAAAAGAACUUGGAUCUGGGACUAAGAAAAUGUCAUCAAUGAAACUUUACUAUCCAAAAAAGUAAGCAAGCCCUUCAAAAGCAGUGAUAUAUCAUCACAUUUUGUGUUUUUUUUACCGUUGGAUUUGAAUAAAAAUAUAUUCCCCCGAUUUGAUCUUGAUUUCAAUAGCUUGUUUUACUAUGCUAAGUAGUAUAUAUUUUUACAGCAAAAAAACUGUACCAGAGGUGCGAGAGGUCUAAAAGUUUAAGCAAAGCGUGUAAUUAAGCAACGUAAAGAAAAUAAACCAAAAUAUGUUUUCCAUUUGUAUUCAACUCUGCAGCCGUGAUUACGUCAAAGUUUUUGCGGGAAGACGACUUUUACAUCGUGUCUCUGGGAAGGGAGUUGAUACAGACGAAAAAUAUCUCAAGAAAAUUGAUGACGAUAAAGAUGACGAAUUCGAUGAUGAUGAUGAUGAAUGUGAUGAUGAUGAUCGUGAUGAUCGUGAUGAUCGUGAUGAUCGUGAUGAACGUGAAGACGGUUAUGAUGAUAAACGAAGUUUUGGCAGACUCUCCUACGAAAACAGGCGCCGGCGAGAUGCUAAUGUUGUAUCCAUCCAAGGAACUGCUGAGCCAAUCAGGAUUGUUUUCAGAUCGGAUCCUUGGGUCACCAGGAGGGGAUUCUUUGCUCAUUACACUUUUGGACAAGCAGGUAACCCAGUAGAACCCAGUCUCUACCAAAUUUUCACGUGUUAACAGGAGUGUGCAGCUAAGUAAUGUUUUUGAAAAAAUCUGCAGUGGAACCUCGCCUUUAAGACACCCCUCUUCAAGGGAUACCUCCAUUCAAGGGACACAAAAUUUGGUCCGGAAAAAUGUUCACAUAAUCUUUCUAUUUGUUUCCUCUGUUGAAGAGACACCUCAGGCGAAAGAGACACGUUUUCUGGGUCCCGUAACCCAGGUUUAACCUCUGUUGGGGGACACCUUAGCACUCAAAACGUGACUGACCACAAAGAGGGUUGAAAACUUUAGGCAUAUUACGAUCAUGGCAUCUUUCACAACAUGAACUAUCUCACUUAAAUCAAUGCACUGGACUUGUGAAAAUUCAACAAACAAUAAUGCAGAGAUACGUUUUUCAUGAUUUUAUAUUUGUUAUCUAGCUGAAAUUAUAUGUUAACUUUGCUUGUUAAUUAAUUAUUAACAAACCCCAGCCCAACCUGCAUUCAGGAGACACCUCUGUUUAAGGGACACUUGCCUCGGUCCUAAGGGCGGCCCCUGAAUAGAGGUUCCCUGUAAUGUUUUCCGUCUUGAAAUGUCGAGCAGAAUGAUGAUUUAGCUUCGUAGUAUUGAUGCCCUAGCUAAUUUACGUUUAACCAAAGAUAUGAUGGAACUGAUCUAUUAACGCUUGUCUUUAGACACUCAUAGACGAAUGCAACCUUCAAAACUAGCUUUUGCAAAAGCCUACCAUUUUUGUUAGUUUUCUAUAAUUUAACGAACAAAGUAUGAGGAAGCUACAUGAUUGUUUACUGAUUUUCUGAGUUCUGCUGCUUGAAUUAUUUUCUUUGAUUAGCAAUUUGUGGAGGUCCAUUGACUGGUAUAUCUGGAAAUUUCACAUCACCUGGUUUCCCUGCUAAUUAUCCAAAUGACGCACGGUGCAGAUGGUCAAUUACUGUGCCAAGAGGAUCGACCCUGAUGCUGAAUUUCGUUACCUUUGAAACUGAGCGAUGGUUGGUUAAUAUAAUAUUGAGCAAAUAAAUUAUCUAUUCAUAGCUCUCCGAACAGCCUUGCCUUCAACUUAAAGUAAUUCUCUGAACUAUCUAUAACGACUUUACGAUGACAUAAUUGCUUAGUGCUAUUACAGCAAUCACAAACAAAAUUGUAAUAAAAAAUAAUAAACAAAUUUUACGUUUCUUAACCUUUCUAAUUAGAGGUCCGAAAAGUUUACGUCAAAUCAGUGUCAUUAAUUACUUUAAUUUAAUUUUUUUAAAUUUUUAUGUUACUUUUUAUCAUUUUUGUCAGUUUUUUUUUUCAGAGGUUACCAGGUAUAUAUACAUUUGAAAAACAUAAAUGAAUGGUUGUUAAAUAAUUCAUUUCAAUUAAGGUAGCUUAUUUAUCCGUCUUAUCAACAGUCACGAUUACGUUGAAAUCGUGCAAGGAUGGCGAGUGUUGCAGCGUAUGAGUGGAGUAUAUUAUCGCUAUGGUUGGAUCAACGACGAAGAUGAUGACGACGACGACGACGAUGAUUGCGACGAUGAUGACGACGAAGAUGAUGACGACGACGAUGAUCACAAGAAGAAAAAAUACCGAACAGGAGGAUUCUUCGGAUUUCCUUACUUGUACAUUCCAGGAACAGGGGAGGAGAUUGUAAUCAUUUUUAAAUCAGACCGCAUUAUCACCAGACAAGGAUUCAAUGUGAUGUAUCGCGUAUUGCAAGGUGAGGUGAAUUUUAUU